CUUAUUCUUUUGUACAGUUGAUUUGUAUAACUGAUGGUAAAACAGUAACAAUAUGAUUUAUUUAUUUUUUUAACAGUAACAAUAUGAUGUAGAAGUUGUAUGCUUUCAUUAAUGUAUUUAUAAAAUGAUUGAUAUAUAAAAUUAUUACAUCUUUCUAACUAGUAUAAAUAUAAUUAUAUUUUAUAAUAUAUAUAUAUAUAUAUAUAUAUUUUCUAAUUGAAAAUAAUGAAUAACAUUUAAUUAUAUUUAAAAUUUUGAAAUAAGUUUAAAUAUUUAAUUGUAAAUUUACUUAUUUUUUAAAAUAUAAAUAUAACUUUUGGAUACAAACAUAAUUUUGAUACUAUUAAAUAAAAUAAAUAAAUUGUUUUUAAUUUUUAUAUUGUUUUAAUGCAAAUGCUCUACUAAAAUUUCCAUAUGAGAAUGUUGAACAAAAUGUACUUAGAGAGUAUUUGCAUCUUCUAAGUCUUUUUCUAAAUGAUUUUUUAAUAAUUUUUGAUUGGAUAAUAAAAAGUAUAAUGUUUUUGCAAAUUUUUGCCAAUCAAACCUUUAAUACAAACAAUAAAAACGAAAUCAGCAUAUCCAUUUACACAAACAAUUCCUUGGGGAGAUGACCAUAACCACACCAAAGCUCCUUUGAACAAAACAGCAUAUCCAUUUCCUUUCGUAUCAUCAUCAUUAUGGUUGUAUACAGACAGUAUAUAGAUGACUUUUGUUUUCUUUUAAGCCUAACUCGUCCACGAGAAUAGCUAGUGGGCUAGUGGCCAUGUGGAGAACCAAGAUUUAUAAUCUACUUCAACAUUUAAGCAAAAAAUAUAUAUAUACAUUUAAGCAACUUUUUGAACGAUCUUCCGAUCAUUUUUCGUCCAUGGCUUCCUAUUAUUCAUUGUCUAUUCUUGAUACGCUGUUCAUAUAGUCAUAUGCUGUCAAUCUGUCAUUCAUACUACUACAUCUAAUAUCUUAACUACACAUGUUUAAGAUCAAACUCAGUUCAUGAAAAACAUGUAGCUACAUUUUAACUAUACAAUUCAAAAAAAAAUCAAUAUAUUUUGCAAUACAUAUGAAAUCGACUUAGAAAACAAAAUAGCCCAUAAGCACGUAUGGUUUCAUUUUCAUAUUAUUUUCAAUUACAAAGAAUAUUGAAUGAAAGUGUUUAAAAAAAAGAAUAUGGAGUGAAAUAAAUCACUCUUGUAACUUAUCGUUCAAAUAAAAAAUACGUAAAAUUCAAACCAAGUUAGCCAUAUAAAUCACACUAGCAAGUAGUAACCAGUAAAAUGUUUCCCAUCACAUUAAACACGUCCGAAACAGAUCGCAUAUAUCUCAUUUUAUUCGACCGUACACGACUAUUUACGCACACGAAAAUGAGGUUAAAAAUUUGAUGGACUUUUUGUUGUUGAUGUGCUGGACCAUAAUAGCACGAGACUACAUGUGUUGCACUUCCACCUCGUCCCCUGUCAGAUUUAUUAGGCGCAAAUUUUAACAAUGAAACCAUUGUUCAUGUAUAUAUGUCAAGUUCAAACAAUACUAAGCCCGUCAAGCUCAAAAAGAAGUAACAUAUCAAGUUAGAUGAACUUUAAACUUAAGAACAAUUGACACUAAGUAGAUUUGUCAUAUUUUUUUUAUAUAUUAGUUCUUUAAUUCUCCAAAUACCAAUUUGAGAUUUCAUUCAUUAACAUAACACACAGUAUAACUUAUAUACUAAUUUAUUAUCUUAAUGUCACCAUUACGUACAUAACUUAGGAGUAUAGACGUAAUAUUCGUAAUACAAGGUUCAAUCCACCACCCGAUCCGAUAUUUAAACAUUAAGGUGGUUUUGAUCCGCAUUUGGAUCCAGAUAAUAAAAUCAAGAACUUUGGAUGGGUUAUAACCCAAGCCUUAAACAAAACUAGUUUAAACAAAACUACUCGUAGGAAAAACAAACAAAUUUAGAUUUUUAUUUUCUGAAUUCAUCAAAUUGCAUAAUCCGAAUAAUAAGGACAGCACUACACUAUCAUGUGAAUGAACAAAAGUAAGGUAAUACUUUAUUACACCACUGGACAUUCACAGUUUUCACGAAACCAAACCAAAAGAAUCUGAUGUCGACGGAAAACAAAAGAAUGGGUCACUUUUAAAAUUUCCUUAUUUUCGUCAAAUGUAGUACACAGGGAUUGUUUGUGUCACAGAAGGAAAUAUUGUAGCCACUUGCAUAUAAAUAGACUACAAAGGUGAUUAGAGAGCAUCUCCUGUCCAACUUGCGAACUCAUGCACACUAGGAUCCGGUUUUUCUUUUCUUUUUGAGGUUAAUUAAUAUUGAACCACAAUCAUCAUGUUUACAUAGAGAAGUUAUGAGAUCUUACUUGUCGCAUAAUGGCGGUUGCAUAACAUGUUUAUAUCACUAUGUUUUUGUUUGUUAUACGUUUCUCUAGUAUUUUCCCUAAUAUAAAGAGUAACUUUUUAUUAAAUGUAACAUUGAGUUGUUUUUUUUAUUUCUAAAGAGGCCUAUGGAUUGGAAAAAAAUGUUAGUCAAUAGACUUGUUUGAACUCAGCUGAUUAUAAACCACAAGUGUGAUCCCUCUUAUGGCAAAACAGCACCUUUGUCUCACUCUUCUUACCAAACACUUAAACAAGCAAAAGGAAUCGUUUUUUUUUCUUGUAACUUUUGUUUUUCACAAUUCCAUAAUUUAUCCUUUAUAAAAAGUGACUCUUGUGAGUCUCAACAUUUACAGCAAUUGACUCAGCAUUUUAAUUUACAACAUUCACCAAUGGAAAACUCAAACAUUGAUUCAGAAGUUUUCUCUUGGUUUCAGAACCAGAACCAAAACCAUUGCCUUAAGUUUCAUUCUUCUUGCUUUCCUCCGACCUCUCAAUCUGCUCUUUAUGGAUCUAGCUCAAUGAGCAACACGGAGACCAACACUGUGGACGAAGACGACGUCUGUGAGAGCUACAAGAUGCGUGAGACAACCAAGAAACGGAAGCUGACACCAAUCCAAUUGUGUUUACUAGAGGAGAGUUUCGAAGAAGACAAACGACUCGAACCAGACAGGAAGCUCUGGCUGGCCGAGAAGCUGGGUUUGCAGCCGACCCAAGUCGCUGUAUGGUUCCAGAACAGAAGGGCUAGGUUCAAGACAAGACAGCUAGAGCUCGACUGCGACUCUCUUAAGGCUAGCUAUGCUAAGCUCAAGACUGAUAGGGACAUUCUCUUUCGACAAAACCAAGCCCUCGAGAACAAGGUUGCUCUUCUCAAAGAGAAGCUGCAAUUCCAAGAGAAACUCGAAACUCAGUCUAUGGAAGCCGAGAAGCUUGGGGAAGAAGGUAGCUCGGUGAAAAGCGAUAAUACGCAGUACACUGAAGAAGAAGAAGGCUUGGGAAGUAAUCAAUACAGCUUCCCGGAGCUUGCAGCUCUCGGAUUCUACUAUGACCCAACAAUGAGUGCUUCAAAUCUAGGGUUGUGAGCUUGUAACACUCUAGGUCUACAUCCCGUGUGGCCCAAGAUAACUUAUCUGCUUCUUUCUUUUUCUUAGGGUUCAUAUUGAGGCGAAAUAAACGUUGAAUAUUUUCAUGGUUGGUAAUAAAAAAUUUAUGAAUAAAGAUAUUAAUUUUCUUGCAA